UGAGUGUGGAAGGCCCCCGUCCUGACUUCAGAUUUCUGUCAUAACAUUGACUGGUUUACAGCGUUGCUUUUUAAUUUUCGACAUUUUCCGCUGGGAUUAAAACCUCUGUAAUUAACGAUGCCCCUCUUCGAGGGACUGGGAACCGGUGGGGAGAAGACAGCUGUGGUUAUCGACCUGGGAACAGCCUACACAAAAUGUGGCUUCGCUGGAGAGUCUGGCCCGCGGUGCAUCAUCCCCAGUGAGAUCCAGAGGACAGGACAGGCUGUCAAAGUGGUCCAGCACAACAUCAACACAGAGGAGCUGUACUCCAACCUGAAGGAGUUCAUCCACAUGCUGUACUUCAGACACCUGCUGGUGAACCCCCGGGAUCGGCGUGUAGUGAUUAUUGAGUCUGUUCUGUGCCCCUCUCACUUCAGAGACACCCUCACCAGAGUCCUGUUCAAGCACUUCGAGGUCCCCUCUGUGCUCUUCGCUCCCAGUCACCUGAUGGCUCUCCUCACACUGGGCAUCGACUCUGCACUGGUACUGGACUGUGGCUACACAGAGACACUGGCACUGCCUGUAUAUGAGGGGAUCCCUGUCCUGUCUGCCUGGGAGGCGCUGCCCCUGGGAGGGAAGGUCAUCCACAAGGAGCUGGAGAGCCUGCUGAUUGAGCAGUGUACCGUCGACACAGAUUCCUCCACGGGACAGAGCCUGCCCUCCGUCAUGGGCUCCAUUCCAGAAGAAAUCCUUGAAGAUAUUAAAGUGCGCACGUGCUUCGUCAGUGAUCUGCAGAGAGGACUCCAGAUCCAACAGGCCAAGUUCAACCUGGAGGGCACCGCGCAGCGCCCGGCCCCGCCCCCUGAUGUGGAUUACCCUCUCGACGGGGAAAAGAUCCUGCACAUCAAGGGAGCGCUCAGAGACUCUGUUAUUGAGAUGCUGUUUGAACAGGACAAUGAGGAGAAAUCUGUCGCUACGUUAAUCCUGGACUCGCUCGUCAAGUGCCCGAUAGACACUCGGAAGGCCCUCUCUGAGAACCUGGUUGUUAUCGGAGGCACGGCCAUGCUGCCCGGGUUCCUGCACAGGAUCCUGGCUGAGAUGAGAGCCCUGCUGGAGAGGCCCAAGUACCGGCAGGCUCUGUCCACCAAGACCCUCCGCCUGCACAGCCCCCCCGCCAAGCCCAACUGCACCGCCUGGCUCGGAGGUGCGAUCUUCGGGGCUCUGCAGGAUAUCCUGGGCAGCCGCUCGGUGUCGCGGGAGUAUUACAGUCAGACGGGCCGCAUCCCUGACUGGUGCUGCCUGACCUCCCCCCCUCCCGAGAUCAUUUACGAUGCAGGCAAGACUCCACCCCCGCUCAUGAAGAGAGCCUUCUCCACUGAGAAAUGAGACCCAACUCACCUCACUGUAUCCACCUUCCUAACUAUCAGCCUGUCUGUGUCAGUCUGUCCAACUCCUCAUGAAGAGAGCCUUCUCCACUGAGAAAUGAGACCCAACUCACCUCACUGUAUCCACCUUC